CGGUUGUAUUUUAACAACCAACUUUUUGCAACCAUUCGCACCAUCCAGCUUCGUUCCCUGGCACUGGACGGUGAGACGGAACAGCUGGCUGGCCAAGUAUUCGCCGGGUUUGCCGACCGGUGUGCUGUCCAUGCUGACAACGUGCAAAUCUUUAUCGCCCUCCGAUUUGCGCAGAAUCGCCUCCAAAAAUGCACUGUUGAGCCAUUCCGGUGGUGAGACCGGCUUAAUUUCCGCGGCAACUUCACUCAUUCUCCAGUUCUGUUUGCACUAAACGUCAAGUAAAAAAUCGCGCUGAAGAAACUGCUGCGUAAUGCAGAACACUGUGAUUGAACCGGGCGCGGUGUGGUGUACCUUAGGACUGAAGGUGACUCCCAAAAACCGGUUACCUUUUAUACGCUGAUCUGCCCUCGGUGGUUUGCAAUCGAUGAUGACGAUGGUAUGUACACGAAUGACGCGACACCCGAAAACUCUUAUCUGCUGGGUAGCGUCGAUCCCUCUGGUUUCGUCGGUCGUCGUAUCUGUAAGGGUGUUAACCAGCAGUGGGAUAGCCUUCCGGAAAUGAUGAUUAGUGUGUACAGAGUAGGAAAAAAAAACGAGGGCUCGUUUCGUUACCAUUUUUGGCACAAACAUUAACGCUUUCCAUCCCACAGUUGGGAGGUUUUCGUCUGUUUUGUGAUGAUUCACGCUUAUGUUGUGGUGAAAUAUUGAAAUACCGGCGUUCGCGCUUGUUCUGAAUGAGAAACAGUAUGCUGAUUGUCGUUUUCAUGGCCAAUGUUAGUAUCUUUUUAAUAAAUAAAUUCGAUUCGGGUUAAGAAAACCCCCUCUUUGUGUAAUGGAAUGAUCGAUUGCUAUCUCUCUGGUACCUCGGAGUGUAAAAUUGUUUCACACGUUACAACAAUACCUAGUCGGUGCCCAUUUACGAGCAUCUUAUCAUCAAUUCUAUCGUGAUACCGUUCCCAACAUCCGAGACUUUGGGUGGGGAAGCUACAGCACGUUAUAAAUACUUCCAAUACGCAACGAAUAGUAACGGCGUAGUGUUCGAGCGCUAAAGUGAUUGAAUCUGCUCUAAAAGUUUCCCCUCCUUGCAAUGCAGCAGUGCCCAAGGGAUGAAAACGUAGCGCCUGCGUGGUUGAACGAUGAGUUCUUCUUGCAAGUCAUACGGGAAUUUACACACGAUUCCCGGGCCCGGUUGUGCCACGGGUGUAAGCUACGGCCCGGCACAACACCCGGUGAACAUUUCGCCAGUGUGCUGUACAGGACGACGAUACACUACCGGUCCCAGCAAGGCAGAGAAGCGUCACUGGACGUGAUCAUGAAGAUCAAACCGUACCAAGCAGGGCUUAAAAAGGAAGUACUCGAAGAUGGUGGUCUGUUUUCCAGAGAAAUGCGCAUCUACAAUAAAGUGUUGCCGGAAAUGAAACGAAGACUGGAGGAAAUUGGUGAAACCUUUAACUACCCUCGGCUUAUUUUUGCAGCUGACCGUCCGCACACCAUCCUGAUUCUGGAAGACGUUAGUGGAAAAGAUUGGAAAACUGGCGGAUAUAUAACUUCGUUUGAGGAGAUCAUACCGGCCAUCAAAUCUAUUGCCAAAUUCCAUGCCGCAUCCGUCGUGAUGGAGCAGAAUGACACUUCCUUCGGCGCCCAGUAUCGCUGUAAUGUGACGGAAAAGUUUAAAGCACUGGACGGAAUGCUGACGAAGAGUUUUAAAGAUUUGCUAGACUAUAUGCGAUCUACGGAGGGGUUCGAACAUUUGAUUCAACCUGUAGAAAGAUUACAAGCCACAUUGCUCACCGAGCUCGUCGAAAGUUAUGCACCUUCGUCGAGUUACCUUAAUGUGCUGGUGCACGGGGAUUUUCAUUCGAGAAAUUUGCUACACCAGCAUACAGCUGAUGGGCGGGUGUCUGACACCAUGCUGAUCGACUAUCAAAUUUGCAGCUGGACAACCCCGGCAGUCGAUCUGUACUAUCUGCUCGACACGAUCGUUGACCAGACGGUGAAAGAACAGCAUCGUGAAGCAAUGAUCUUCCUGUACUAUGAGGAGUUCCGGCGCCUUCUGCCCCAGCUCGGUUGGCUGGGACGUGUUACCUCACUGCAGGAGCUACACAUGGAGCUGCUGCGCAAAGGAGCGAUCGAGCUGUUCCAUUAUAUAGCGCUGUAUGCGUAUCGGUUCGUCGAUCGGUCGAAGAUCGAUUUCGAAGCGCUCCUUUCGGGCAAGGCGUCUAAUCCUGCGGCCAGCAGUCCGGUUUAUCGGCGCGUAAUGCGCGAUGUACUGACAAGGUUUCUUCAUCAAGGUGUGUUGAAGCCGUAGUGUUUCGACAGGUGGCUAAUCACGUGAGCUGAACGCGUUAGUGAACUGUGUGCGUGGAGUAAUGAAAACAAUCGGAAUAAAUUACAUAACCUUAUCUUAUCGCACAUUUGCUUGUGUUUGAACUUGAAACAUUGCCAAUGUAUCGCGCAUCGUAUUGGUGUACACGCGAUAAGAACGAAAAAGGUAUUUGUGGA